GCUGAAGGUGACGGAUCUCCUCCGCGCUCAACAUGUAAAAAUAAUCCCUCUGGACUAAACCACUGGCCGGGAAACAUGUGCAACAUACGCAAAGGUUCCUGCAUUGUUAGGGAAGGAAAGUUCUGGGGUUUUUGGAUUCUCCUGCUGUACACAAGUCCGCUAUCCUGCUUUUCAAAGUUCAGCCAUCUUGUCUAUAAGAUAAAGGAAGGCUUACCCAAGGGGAUUCUCAUUGGGUCUAUUGGAGAAGAUUUAAAGUUGGAUUUCUCCGUCGACCCCCCUCGUUUGUUCCAUCUGGAGUUAAGGCAGAGUGGCUCUCAGUAUGUUAAUCUAGGUGACACAACCGGGGAGCUAUACACUUCUGCUUUGGAGAUUGACCGAGAGACUCUAUGUGCAGAUUCCCACGAGGGUCAAGGAUGCACUAUCUCUCUGGACGUGAUCAUUCUGCCACAGCAGUACUUCCAGCUAGUUAAGAUCAAAAUCAUCAUUGAAGAUGUUAAUGACAACAAGCCACAUUUCCCAGUGGAUGAAAUCAGGGUGUCUGUGCCGGAAAAUGCACCAGUCAACGCUCGGUUUGUGGUAGAGCAAUCUGCUGUGGACCCAGAUAUAGGCAUUUAUGGGGUUCAGACUUACUGGCUGGCUAAUGACUUUGGAGUUUUCACACUGGACGUUGAGCAAAAUGAAGGGGGGGAGUUGACGCCUUUUCUGAUUAUAACUGGGCCGCUGGACAGGGAAACAAAAGCGGAAUAUUUAACUGACUUCAUUGCUGAGGACGGAGGCUCUCCACCAUUUUUGGGCACUGCCACUCUUAGAAUUAUCAUCACAGACGUAAACGACAAUUGCCCCAAAUUCAGCGAGACUCAGGUGAAUGCGACACUUUCUGAAAACACCACAAAGGGCUCACAGUUGGCCCGUGUCUAUGCCUUUGACCCAGAUCAGGGUACCAAUGCUCAAAUUACUUACACUUUCAGUAAACGGGUUACCCGAGAAACUAGGAACAUGUUUCAUUUGGAUGAAAUCACAGGGGUCAUCAAGCUAGCUGAAAAGAUUGAUUCUGACACUGGAAAGUUGUACAAGUUGGUUGUGCUGGCUAACGGGCCAGCUUGCAUACCUGAUAUUGCUACUGUCACUGUGGAGGUUGUUAAACGGGUUUCGGGACCACCAGCCAUCAUACCCCGUUACAUUGCUUCAGAGAAAGAUGGUGUGGUUUCUCUGAGUGAAUCAGAGCCACCUUUUACACCAAUUGCUUUCUUUACCAUAAAGAAUGCAGACCAAGGGAAGAAGGUAACAUGCUUUUUGCAAGGGCCUGGACCAUUCAGGCUCUUGCCAUAUAAAAAUUUGAAAAAUGAGUACUUGCUGGAGACUACUGAUCUGUUGGAUUAUGAAGAGCAGAAAUAUUAUGAACUCACUGUGGUGGUCAGAAACAGUGAUGGUGUAGGUGUUGAGACACAGGUGAAAGUGCAAAUGUUGGAUGAUAAUGACAAUGCACCCAUAUUUAAGCAGUCAGUUAUUGACAUCAAGAUUGAGGAGAACAACGCUCCAGAAACAUUUCUUACUAAACUCCAGGCCACUGAUGAGGAUAGCGGUAACAGGGGUGAGGUACUCUAUCUUCUUGGGUCAGAUGCUCCCCCAAUCUUCCAUCUUGAUCGGUUGACUGGGGUCUUGACUGUGACCACAUCUCUUGACAGAGAGGAGAAAGAGACCUACCGGUUUAUAGUCCGAGCAGUUGACUGUGGCACACCAAGGAAGGAGUCAAUUGCCACAGUUUCAAUCACCGUGCAGGAUCGCAACGACAAUAGUCCUCGUUUCAUCAACAAAGAUUUCACCUUCUUCAUUCCAGAGAACUUCCCAGGAUUUGGGGAGAUUGGAGUGCUGUCCGUCACAGAUGCAGAUGCUGGGGAAAAUGGCUGGGUAGCACUAUCAAUCAUCAAUGGAAGUGACAUAUUUGUCAUUGACACAGGAAGGGGGGCAUUGAGAGCAAAAACCCCACUGGACAGGGAGCAGCAAGGAACAUACUAUCUCUGGAUUGAAGCUGUAGACGGGGGUAAGCCUGCACUCUCCUCUGUCACCAUGGUUACUAUUUUGCUCCUGGAUGUCAAUGACAACCCACCACUGGUGCUGUUUCCCCAGUCCAACCAGUCCUACUUGCUGGUUCUUCCCAGUACACUUCCAGGAACAUCCAUCACAGAAGUCUACGCCGUGGACAGGGACACUGGCAUGAACGCUGUCAUUGCUUACAGCAUCAUCAAGCGUAGAGGUGGUGAACCGGGCUCAUUUGACAUAGACCCAGAUACAGGAAACAUCACCCUCAGGAAAGUCUUGAGUGACCGCGGCCUGUACAGCCUGCUGGUCAAAGUCAGUGACCACGGCCAACCUGAACCACUACAUUCCACUGUCAUGGUCAACUUGUUCGUCAAUGAGACCAUCAGCAACGAGACAUACAUUCAGAGCCUCUUGACCAGAGAGGCAGAUAUCGGGAUUGAGGAGGUCAGACCACCAAACAGGCUCGCCCAGGGGCCAGAGUAUAACGAACUCUUCCCCUGCAAACUACUACUUAUUGCCCUUAGCACCACCUGUCUGGGGCUUCUCCUUAUAGUGGUGUCACUGACUGCAUAUAUAUGCUGUAAGAGGCAAAAAAAUCAUAAAAAGAAGAGAUUGGAAGUAGAGAUCCCUUUAAAAAUGAACAGUGACAGGCAAGCCAUGGACAGGAAGCUCAUGGAAAUUUCUAACAUAUGACCAUGGCCCCCCUCAACUGUCUACAAAUGUAAAAUGUGCAGCUUCUCCAGACAAACAAGUGGAUUACAAACUGAGAAAAUUGUAUAUAUUGUAUAUUUGAUGUUUUGUAAUUUUAUGACAAAAAGACAAAAUAUAUUUAAAAAAAUGCUAAAAAGGUCACAUCAAAAGUGUGUCUAGUUUUGCAAACCGACAUUUUCUCAAAUGCUUGAUUAUAUCACACUGUAAUUUAUUACACCCUCAGCAAUGUGUCAAACUUCCCUUUUUGUUCAGUAAUUGUUAAAAUCAUUCUCUAUUCUGCAAGCACAAUAUUUGUGUUUUAUGAAUAUUGAAUAUGAAUAACAGAAAUAUCACUGUACAGUGAUAAGCAGAAAUCCUUACGACAUUGCCACGCUGAAUUCAUUAGUGAAUAUUUCAUGCAUUUUGUGUGGGAUAAAGGAUAUGUCUAUCUAGACUUCUGUCCAUUAACUCUAUACUGUUAGUCCACUGAACACCUGGAUUUCCAAGGUCAGCUUGGUUUAUUAGAGUCCGUGAUGAAAAUUUCACAGAUUCUCCAUCCUUCUCUACCAAAAAAGAAAUGUCUACGUUUACAUGCAGCGUAAUAAUGUGGCUAAUAGCUCAGUUGGAAAUAUAAAUCAAUUGAGAUCAAUUUCGAUGGUCCUGAAAUUUCUAUCUGAUUGAAAGACAUAGAAAAUGUGGAAGACGUGAACCUUUGUAAAUUCAAUUACAUUCGAAUCGGAAUUGAUUAAAAGAUUCUGUGCAUUUGUGUCAUACUGGCUAACAAAACAAAUUUCAUUAUAAAAUAUAAAAGAUUUAAAAAAAAAAAAUUUAAUCUUUUAUAUUGAAUGAGGUCUAAGAUGGGCAUCCAGCUACUAUUUUGAAUUAUGUUAGUCUCAGCUAGACGUACAUUUGGAUUUGUUAAAAACAAACAAGAGCAUUGUUAACACAGUGAACUAACAUUAGUUUCCUGUUCACUCAACUUUUUCUCGUUGUUGUUUUUAUAAUAUUGUGAAAUGCCACUCCUCGAAUGCACACAAAUUUGGUUCAACAUAGAUGUAAAUGUAAGUACAUGUAAAUGGAUAGUUUCAAUGGACAUUUGCCAAAGUUUACAAGUAUAAACUGUUCAUUCAGAAUCUGCAUUUGGAAAGAAUUAAUUCAGAUUGACGAAAAUCAUUGCAUGUGAACAUAGCCAACAAUUCAUUCUGAGACCUCACGACCUUGUGACAACCUUGUGGUGUGUAAGUAAAGUGUACAUGCAUAUUAAAGUGCUUUAUUUUCUUACCACAACUGUUAUUCCCAUCCUUAUUCUACUACUCCUGGUUAAUUUCUAUGUUAUCUGCUUAGAUGUUCUUCUCAGUUAACAAGAAGUGGAAAGUGCUUAGCCUAUUAAAACUGUCCAGUCAAAAACAUCAGGAGAUUUCCAACCAAAAACACCAAAACAGUCCAGGACUUGCAGUCUUUAUCUUAUCUGAUGCUGCAGGCUUUAUCACUUGAACAAUCUGCCCUUGGGGACAAACCAACAAGUGAUAAGGACAAACCAAAGAUCAGAGGUUUUCUGAUGCUGAAAUUCAUUUUCAUUUUACAUUAUAAUUUUCUUGCGAAAAGGGCCAACACCUGCAAGCGGUUAAUAUUCUGUUGUGCAUUGUUUACAUACAAUUUGAAGGAUAAGUCAGGAGAUUUUAUUAAACAUGCAGUAGCCAGAAAUAACAAAGUGAAUUUUCUAUUUCAUUUCAGAGAAACAAAGUUGGGUUAUCACAGAGCUCCACCUUCAUCUGUUGAGUGACAAGGUGCGGGUUCGUAUGCCAAGUGUAUGCAGGCUGCAGUCAUGGGAAUUCUUCCAGUGCCUCAGGCUUGUUUUCAUCCCAACCUAUAGAUGCAUACCAUAAGUAAUUACAGAGCUACAACUAAAUGUUUUUUUAGCACAGCAGGUUCACUGGCAGAUACAGUAUGCGGUUUCAUAAUAGACAUACAAAUCCCAGGACUACACAGGGUUUAAUUAAGGCAGCUAUUUUUGUUGUUGUUUUUUUUUUUUUUUGUCAUGAGCAUUGUUUUGUCAGGCUGUCCAAGAAAAGGUUAAAUAACCAUUUGAAACUUAGAACUAUUCUAAUAGAUAGAUAGAUAGAUAGAUAGAUAGAUAGAACACAAAUUACAGUACCCAUACUUAGUAAACUAAUUAGGUAAAAAUAAAAUACAUUGAUAAGUAGUGACAAAAGUAAGGUGAUCAUAAGGUGACUGUCAUUAGAAUGUGUCCAUGAGAAGAAGAAUAAAUAAUAAUAAAUACAGUGUGACAGAAUGAAGAAAAAAUAAUGUAGUACAAUCUGAUAUCAGUGAGUAUAAAGAAGCUCCUGUACCACACUUUGCUGCACCGUGGCUGAAUCAGUCUGGAGCUGAAAGUGCUCUGCUGCAUGACUAGGUGUUCAUGGAGGGGGUGAGAGUCAUUGCUCAUGGUGAGUAGCAAAACUGAAUCCAGGAAGUCCAGAUUGGUCCCAAUGACCUGUUCAGCUUUGUUUAGUCUGCUGGCAUCUCCUGCUUUGGAGGACCUGAGCUUCCUCAGAAAAUCCAGUCUGUUGUCCAGGUGCACUGCAAAGUACCUGUACAAUACCAGUGUAGAAAACUACAAUAUUCUAAUACGCUAUUUUUCCUAUAUGUGAUUGAUGUGGUUCCUAUUGCAAAACAUAAUCAGAUUUUAAAAACAUGUGUAAUUGUUCACAUGGUGAAGUUUUCUGUGAGGAGAUUUAACAUUUAUUUAACAUUUAUGGAAGGAGUCUCAAGUGUCAGCACUUUGUAACAGUCAGUAACAGGGUCAUUCUUUAAUAAACUGUAGUCGUUGGCAAAUUGAAUAAAACACCUCAAAUGUGCAGUUACAGGAAAAUAAUCAAUUUUGGGAUGGUAACACUAACUCCACUUCACGAUAGGCUGCAUUACAACACCUCGCUGUUGAUUAUUUUCCUAUUACAGCACACCACUAAGGGUUUUAUUCCUUAGUUAACAGAUGUUCCUUCAUUAACACAAGUGAAAAAAAUGGUCAGUGUAUGUUAACAUAUAAAUGAAAAAAAAAAAAAUCCAUAUAUCAGAUAUCAAAAGCUUGCCCCUCCCAUUCUGACUGUGACAUACUGUAUACAUAUGUUCGUAGAUAAUUUGUAUUCCAUCUCUUAUAACUGCACCUAACAUCUUCUAUAUCCUCUGUGCAGCUUUUGGAUUCUCUUAGUUAACAUUUCCCACAGAUACGUUCAUAACGUACUAAAAAUAUCUCUAUAUGACUAAUGGUAUUCUGUAAUUACACUUAUUGUUAGCAUCACAUUCCCCAACUUCCGAAGUAGUGAACAAAACAAAGGUGGGCCAUCAUGGAGACUUAACAGUCAGCUCUAUAACUGUUUUGUUCUCUGUGAGUCUUUUCAGCCUUUAUAAGUUUUUUUUUUUUUUUUAACAUUGUUAGAGAGGCUUUUUCUUUGCACUUAUUGCGACAAAGAGGCAUCCUCUUUUCCUGUGGGUGUUUCAGGUGCAGAGGUCAUGACUCAUGUGUCAUUAGCUCUUCGUCCCUUUCAACUAGCCACUUGACAGCUACAUUCUUCCCCAAACCAGUCAGGUAUCAUUUUUCAUUUUCUCUCUUCAGCGUAUACUCGUACACUCACUCACACAUUGCCAGGGAGACAUUUAAACCCAUUGAAAGGGAGAUAAUGUAUCUGUGCCCACAGAGAAUGCAGAUUGCGAGUAUGGCCGUGUGGUUUGGGUCAGGUUCGGCAGCUAAGCAGCUUACAAUGGCGCCGGCAACAUGUGGUUAGAUUUCCCUAGAGAGUUGAAGCAAAGAGCCUGCUUUUGCCUUAAACUUGUUUAUAGUCAGGUUCAAGUUUGUUUGUGUUUUUCUUCAAAAAAUUCUCAUCUGUCUGCAGGCACAAAUCUCAUCAUGACCAUGCGGCCUCGUUAAACCAGCAUCGUCUUCAGACAACGUGAUUGCAGGCAUGCUAACUUGAAUCUAACCCUUAUCCACCAUGAGAACAAUCAAAGCUGCAUCCUGCUAGAGGAACCCAAUAUCUUUUUAUCAUAUGUUCAUGAAAAAGCUUGUUUCACAACAGGGAUUC